CAUAUCAGAACAAGAACGGGAAUGAAGUGAAAGGCUCAGAUGGCUUCAGAUAGAAGGAUGCCGGAGUAGCUCCCUCGGCCUCGCUCUCCGGUGUGAUCGGUUCCAUCACGUAUGGCGAACCUGCCCCCUUCCCUCUCUAUAAGCUCUUCCUUCGGGGGAUCUGCCCCUUCCUCUCCGGCGGCCGCCGGCAGCGGCAGUGCCACCACCCAAGUCACCAAGGAUCGGAAAAUGGCCUCUGCGGAGCAGUUGGUUCUGGAUCUCUGUGAUCCCGAGCUAAGAGAGAAUGCCCUCCUCGAUCUCUCCAAGAAGAGAGAGAUAUUUCAAGAUCUAGCACCGCUAUUGUGGAAUUCCUAUGGCACAAUAGCGGCACUGCUUCAGGAGAUAGUUUCAAUAUACCCUGCUCUUUCGCCCCCAACCCUGUCACCGGCAGCAUCUAACCGAGUUUGCAACGCGCUUGCUCUUCUUCAGUGCGUUGCAUCACAUCCAGAUACUAGGAUUCUUUUCUUAAAUGCUCACAUACCUUUGUAUCUGUACCCUUUUUUAAAUACCACUAGCAAAACAAGGCCAUUCGAGUAUUUGAGACUUACCAGCUUGGGAGUUAUUGGUGCUCUUGUGAAGGUUGAUGAUACCGAGGUUAUCAGUUUUCUUCUUCAGACAGAAAUAAUUCCCCUGUGUCUUCGUACCAUGGAGAUGGGCAGCGAACUAUCAAAAACCGUGGCAACCUUUAUUGUUCAAAAAAUUCUAUUGGAUGAUAUUGGACUUCAGUAUAUUUGUGCUACUGCAGAGCGGUUCUUUGCUGUAGGUAGUGUUCUGGCAAAUAUGGUUGUAUCACUUGCCGAGCAACCCUCUACAAGGUUGCUGAAACAUAUAAUAAGAUGUUACCUUAGGCUAUCAGACAAUCCAAGAGCAUGUGGAGCUUUGCGGACUUGCCUCCCUGAGAUGUUAAGAGAUGGAACCUUCAACAAUUGCCUUCGGGAUGACGCUGCUACCCGCAGAUGGCUUCAACAGCUACUACACAAUGUGAGUGGAGGAAACUUGGUGGCAUCUAUUCAGGCAGGAGGACUUGAUCACAUGAUGGCAAACUAGGAUGACGAUCGAGCCUUUGGUUUUAUAAUCAGGCUUGCGGAAUGUCAAUUAUAAACUUGUCAUGUUCUAGACAUCUUGUUUCAUGUGUUUCAGGCUUAUCUAAAGCUGUUAACUUAUAGAGCAAGUAUUGUAACUUAUGUAAGCUAAUUAAAAGACUCAGUAACCAACUAGUAAUCUUUAUAGUGGGUACUGCCAGUGGACUUGUCUUUGUAUUAUGUGCAUAUGUAAUGGAUGUUAUGAUUAAAGUUCUAACUUACAGUUUUCCAUUUUGUAAA